AUGCAGACUUCAAGCUUUGCUGUAUUUUCUUUGCUCUACAUCCUCCUCCUCUGUUCAGUUUCAUGGUCAUGGGCUACAUCAGAUUCAACUCACUGGACCUUUUUACAGUGCCUCGAAAUCCAUUCUCAGUCAUCCAUCCCAAUCUCAGAAGUGCUGUACUCCCCAAACAAUUCUUCUUAUUCAUCUCUCUUGCUAUAUCCUGUACACAAUCUUAGAUUUUCGUUGCCUUCCACCCCUAAACCUCUGCUCCUCAUCACACCAUUGAAUGUGUCUCAUAUCCAAGAAACUGUAAUUUGUUCUAGGAAAGCAGACCUGCAACUCAGAGUUCGAAGCGGUGGCCACGACUACGAGGGCCUUUCAUAUGUCUCUGAUGUCCCGUUCAUCAUUGUUGACCUGCUGAAUUUUCGAUCAGUUGACGUUAGUAUAGAAGAUAACAGCGCAUGGAUUCAAGCUGGAGCAACUCUUGGGGAGGUUUAUUACAGAAUUGCAGAGGCAAGUAAGAUCCAUGGCUUCCCCGCCGGGAGCUGUUCGACUGUAGGCGUCGGUGGGCACUUCAGUGGAGGUGGGUUUGGUCUGCUGUUCAGAAAAUACGGCCUGGCUGCUGAUAAUAUCAUCGAUGCUUAUUUAGUCGACGUUAAUGGUAGAAUUCUUAAUAGAGAAUCCAUGGGGGAAGAUUUGUUUUGGGCCAUCAGAGGAGGAGGCGGAGCAAGCUUCGGCAUCAUCGUAUCUUGGAAAGUCAAACUAGUUCCUGUUCCCCCAGUGGUGACUGUUUUCAGUGUUGAUAGAGCCUUGGGACAUGGUGGUACAACAAAGCUUAUACAUAAAUGGCAAUUCGUUGCCGACAAGCUCCAUGAAGACAUCUUCCUCCACAUCUACAUAGCAACUACUACAGAUCAGAAGGGGAAUAGAAGUGUUCAAGCUUCAUUCGACUCUAUGUUUCUUGGGGGUUCUGAGAAACUUCUGCAAAUGAUGGAUGCCAGAUUUCCUGAGCUGGGUUUGAAGCGAGAAGACUGUAUUGAAAUGAGUUGGAUUCAAUCCGUCCUCUAUUAUGCAGGUUUCUCAACCUCUGAACCCUUGGAGGUUUUGCUGGACAGGAGGCCUCAGUUCAAGAGCUUCUUCAAGGCAAAGUCUGAUUUUGUGAAAGAACCCAUUUCAGAAACUGGGUUAGAAGGAAUAUGGAAAAGGCUUUAUGAAGAUGAAGGGGCAUCUAUGAUCUGGACUCCCUAUGGAGGAAAGAUGAAUGAGAUUCCAGAGUCUGAAAUCCCUUUCCCUCAUAGAAAGGGGAACAUCUAUAAGAUUCAAUAUGGUGUGAACUGGGAAGAGGGAGGAAUUCAGGCAUCCAGAAGGCACAUAGGAUGGAUCAGAAAACUAUACAGGUACAUGAGGCCCUAUGUAUCCAAGUCUCCAAGAGCUGCAUAUGUCAACUAUAGGGAUCUUGACUUGGGUACCAAUAGUAAGGGUAAUACAAGCUAUUCCCGUGCCAGGAUUUGGGGUGAGAAGUAUUUCAAGAGUAACUUCAAGAGAUUGGUUCAUGUGAAAAGCAUGGUUGAUCCAGGAAAUUUCUUCAGACAUGAGCAAAGCAUUCCAUCAUGGAGAUCUUGAUUUUUUUUUUUUCUGAAAGUAAAGAGAUCUUGAUUUGGAUACAUCUAUAGCUUCUAUCAUGAAAUAAGUGUAUGGAUUUUGUAUCUUCGUCUUUUUUCUCUAGUAUCUUCAUCUUUAAUCAAAUUUAAUAAAA